AUGAGUGAUGACAAUGAAAGCUCAAGCUCAUUUCCAAUUGGGAAAACUGCACAAGAGAUGGGGCUAUCAUAUGUCCCAAAGUGUUACAUCAUGCCACCUUCCCAAAGGCCUAGUUUGAACUCCGAGUUUGCAAAGGUACCUGUGAUUAAUUUGGGGGAUACAAAUGAUAUUGUUAAUGAUCCCCUCGUGGAGAGAUCAAUAAUCAUCCAUGAUAUUGCUAACGCUUGUCGCCGCAAUGGUUUUUUUCAAGUUAUCAACCAUGGAAUAUCCCAAUCUAUAUUAGAUGGAGCACUUUCCGCCGCGUUUGGUUUCUUCGAGCUCCCAAAUGAGGAUAAAGAAAAAUUUAUGUCGAAUGAUGUGUACAAGCCUGUUCGUUAUGGCACGGGCUUGAAGGAUGGUGAAGACAAAGUUCAGUUCUGGAGGGUCUUCCUCAAGCACUAUGCAAAUCCUCUCAAUGAUUGGAUUAAACUGUGGCCUCAAAAUCCACAAGACUACAGGGAAAAGAUGGGGAAAUAUGCAGAGGAAAUACAAAAGCUAGCUAUCAAAAUCAUGGGCAUGAUCACUGAAGGCCUAGGACUUGGUCCAACAUAUCAAAGCAAAAAUGUGAAGGAUGGAAUGAAUGUAAUUGCUGUCAAUUGUUAUCCUCCAUGCCCUCAACCAAGCCUUGCACUUGGGCUGCCACCACAUUCAGACUACAGUAUCCUUACAAUCACCCUUCAAAGCUCCAUUGGACUACAAAUUUUGGACACACAAGAUAACGAAUGGAGAGGAGUCCAAAACCUUCAUGGUAGCUUACAAGUUCAUGUAGGUGACCAUCUUGAAGUACUAAGCAAUGGAUUGUACGAAAGUGUGGUACACAGGGUGACAUUGAACUCUCAUAAAACAAGAUUUUCAGUUUCUAGUUUGCAUAGUUUGGGAAUGGAUGAGAAAAUGAAGACAGCUGAAGAGUUAGUGGAUGAUGAACAUCCAAAGAGGUAUAAAGAAAGCAGCUUCUCAGAUUUUCUCAAAUUUCUACAUGAGAAUGAUAUUGGACAAGGCAGAAGCUUCCUCAUGACACUCAAGAAAAACUAGAAUGUUGUCUGUAAGUCUUAAAACUAAAUAUGGAAUAAAAGGAAACAGAGCACUGAGUUGUAUAAUGACUAGUGAGUUUAGUUUUUCUUUCACU